UUAUACUCGUAUACAUUUGUAUGUGCAAAUAUACAUACAUAUAUACAAACAAGAAAAAACGUUAUCUAUCUAUAUCAUCUAUAGCAAAGCGAUAAUACCCUUCACAGAUGCAUUUUUUUUUACCAUGAAAAAUACUCCGAUUAUUGCCUUGAAAAGUCUAGUUCGCUUAUAUACAGACAGACAUAAUUAAAUCGGCUCCGCUCAUCACAUCAUCAAGAGCACAUCACGUACAUAUCAUCGACUGCUAUGCACAUAAAUAAACUUUUGCUGGACUUCAUAGUAUUUUUUGAAAAUUAAUAAAGUACUACAAACCUGAGUUAAGGACUGAAUUCCAAAUAUUAUUUUAAUUCUUGAAAUGAUAUAUCCAUAAUUGCUUAAGUAUACAUGCAACUUUUAACAACUAAUAUCAAGAUCAAAUUCUACUUGAAAUAUUUAACCAUGUUGCUUGACUCCUUCUUUAGUUAACAUUCCAGAAAGUUAGAAAAUUCAAUAUUUGUAAGAUUUAAAUUUAAAAAACACAAUUUUAUAUAGUUUGCUUCAAACUUCAGUUUUAUGAGAAUUUACUAAUUUGAAACAAACUUUGACUAGCAUCAGCGGAAAUUGGCGGACUACGGUAUAAAUGACAGAUGACGUUUAACACAAUCAAAACUUCCCCACUUGUUAAAAAAUUUCUGAUCUCAACUUCCGCUUCUUCCUUUGGUUUAUAUUUCAUAAUUAUCGAACAUAGCAUCCGUCAAAUUAUAUCAAGUGUCAAAUAUUACAAAGUUUGUGUAAAUUAUUGACAUUUUAGUGAAAACUUAUAGUGCCUAAAUAAGAACGAAAACAUUUAUCGCCUAUACAAAUAUCUCAUUUCAGAUUGUAAGCAUUUGCAAUUAGCACUUAUUUGUUGAACAUUAAUACUCGCAUAUCUACCGACCACUGAACGGGAUACCGGCAGUUAAAUAUUUACAAAAGUAAAAAAACCUAAGGAUAUUUUCCAUACCAUGGAUCUACGAUGUACAUAUGAAUAUAUGCAUGUAUCUGCCAUCUUUCCUUUGAUUGUGUUACUUUUUGCUGGUGGUUGGUCCGAUCGUUAUAAUAAGCGCAAGCCAUGCAUGAUUAUGCCCAUUAUCGGCGAGUUGCUUUCCUUCUCAUGUUUGCUCAUUUCGGCAAUCUUCUUCGAUGCCCUGCCCAUGGAAUUUGGCGCAUACUGCGAGGCGAUCGUACCGGCAUUAUUCGGCGGACUCACGUUUUGUUUAAUGGCUAUAUAUAGUUAUAUAACUAUAGCGACACCUGAAAAAGAUCGCAUAUUUAGAUUUGGUAUAUUUGCAAUGUUUGUGACAGCUGUGCCUUUUAUUGGUCAACCGAUAAGCGGUUUUCUGUUUCAGAAACUUGGUUAUAUAUUUUCGUUUGGCAUGGCCGCAUCAUUCCAAGUUAUUGCCAUACUCUAUAUAAUAUUCUUUAUAAAAGAGGUGCAACCUGCACCUAAAACAGUUGAAAAAACACCUGAGGACAUCCCGCCACCAUUGCCGGCACAGGGUCCACCACCGCUACGUGUCGGCGCCGACAAUUUGGCUUAUGAGCACACGGGCACCGAUGAGGUGGAUCGCGUUAAGAAUGUGAGUUUUGAAUUGAAUUCGCGCUUAGAGCCGUCGGAUAAGUCGGCACAGUUAUCGAAUGCUGACGCUGCAACACCCGCUCGACGGUCCUUUCUUCGUGAAUUCUUCGACCCAACUUUGGUUCUAGAUUGCCUUAAAUUUCCGUUAGUAAAACGUCCGAACCACGGAAGAAUGUUACUGAUUUUACUUAUAACUGCUUACUUUUUGACCCUAGGUCCCGUUUCAGGUGAAAACGACUAUUGGUACCGUUAUACACUUAUCAAACUCAAUUGGAAUGGAAAUGACUUUAGUUUCUUCUUCACGUUUUCUUCUGCGGCAGCUUUAGUUGGUACUUUUAUUGGCACCGCAAUACUUAGUAAAUUGCUGAAAUUUUCGGACCCUACCAUUGGUAUAUUAUCAGCUGUAGCAAUCGUUAUUUCACGAAUUCUAUUUGCUUUUGCCAGUGAUACGAAGUCUUUCUAUGUUGCUGGAGUUGUUGAUAUGUUCGUAAGUUUGCGUGUCAUUGCCAUCAAAACUAUCAGCUCCAGCAUUGUUGAUGGCGCGGAAUUAAGCAAAAUGUACUCGAUAUUUGGUAUUAGUGAGCCAAUUGGGCAGUUCAUAUUCCCGCCAAUUUUCAGUGUCAUAUAUCAAGAAACUGUGGCAACUUUUCCAGGUGCGAUCUUUCUCUUUGGUGAAGUAUUCUAUGUACCCAAUGUGCUGGUGUUUAUAUUGUGUUAUUUCAUUUUACGGCGCAGAAAUAAAACUCAGCAGAAGCCUGUAGAAAGUGCCAGUGCAAAUACUGUCCCCACAAAUCCGGAUUGUGAAAUAACUAGUCUAUAAUUCUUUUAUUUAUGUAUAUAAAUUUAAUAAGAGUGCUGCCAAGCUGUGUAAAAGAUUUUCAAAAUAA